AUGUCUGCAAUUAGAAAGAUAUUGUGUUUAGGCUUCCUGCAAGCUUUUUAUUUGUCUUCUGUCAUUGCUCAAAUAUUCCAAAAUAUCCCAGCAUCUCAGAUACAAAAUAUCCAGCACAUGCAAUACAGCCAGCAACAACCUAUUCCGUCAACUUUGUUAUCUACAUUCACAACAUCUAUGCCCAUGGUCGAUAAACUUGGCGCCAUCGCAAACGUCAUACAAAAAAUGCCCGCGAAUCCUAGAGGAGUUGGCCAGAGACAAUACAUGGCUGACGCAUUAAAGCAGUCGGCGUUAGAGAGCCUAAUGAUGGCAGCCAACGCGUGUAAAUGUAACCAGAGGUCUGAAGGCUCGUUGUCUAUGCCGCAGCAACAAAUGAGAGUUGGCGGUGACGUAAUGGGUAAUAGGAUGGUAACAGUCUGCCAAGUCCUUCAUCAGGACUUAAGUAAUAUACAGACGUCAUCAGAUAACUUGAAAAGAUGUACAAGACAGACCAACAGUUUACCUUUACAUGUAAAUGGUAUACCAUACCAAAAUGGUGGCAAUACUUUACCAAAUCCAGAAAAUAAUAUGGCACAAAAUUUAAACAGUCUACCAAUGAAUAUGGCAACUCAAAAUGGAAAUAAUUGGGCAUUUGAAAGACUAGUCCAAAAUGGUAAUAACAUAAAUAGCAAUGGAUUUCUAUUAAAUAAUGGGCCAUCUAAUAAUAUUCCACAUUUAAAUAAUUUGCCAGAUUCCAAUAACUUGCUAUUUGAAAGUGGUAUUUCAGCAGGCAAUAAUCAACCAAUUAGUAACAUUUUGCUAAAUGGGCAUAAUGAACAAGUGGCAAAUGGAUUCAAGAACUUUAAUAAUAUUCAAAGUGAAAAUGGAUUUAUCAAUAAUUGGCCUUCUGUAAAUUCUAAUCGAAUGCAAAACACCAAUGAUUUUCAAGUAACUAACUCAGCACAUUUAAAUUUACCAGGAUCAUAUAACUUUGGACAAAAUUUGCCAGAGAAUAACAAUCUGCUAUAUAAUAACAAUAAAAUGACAAAUUCAUUCCAAAAUAAUGUACCUAUCGCUAAUGCAUUACAAAACUCAUUUCAUUUACCCACAAAUAACAUGCUGUCAAAUAAUAAUAAUAUGUUAUUUUCAAAUGGAAUAAACAAUUUAGCCACUAAAUCUCCGUUGUCAAAAUAUUUUCCAAUAGGCAAUGGAUUACCAGGAAUACAUGAUUUUCAAAUGACUAACGGAAUAGGAAACUUUAAUAACGGAUUACCCCUUGCUACUAAUAAUUUUCCAUUUUUCAAUAAUGUGCCAUUGAAUGGACUUCAAGACCCCAAUAUUAAUGAUCCUUUUACAAUUACUGGUAAUAUACCACUGCAUACAAUUGUACCAAGAAAUGUUAUAAAUGACAAUGAAAGAAUUUUUAACGGUGGCGUUAUAGCAAAUGACUUUUCUUCUGCUGGAAGAAUACCACCUAAUGGAUUUUCAUUUAAUAGUUGGCCACGUUUUAAUAAUAUGAUGAUGUCUAAUGCUGGUCCAAUUGGCAAGAACUGCCAAGCAUAA